AUGACCAAGCGCGAAGUCAGCCAUCCCGACUUUGAGUGCUCGACCCCUGGCUGUGGGGACGCUCGAACCACGCUCACCGCCGUCGAGGAGGAAGCAGAGCUACAGCGUGCCAGAGACCACGCCAAGCGGUUUCUGAGGGAGUCGCACGAGAACUGCCUUUCGCUCUGCAUUCUUCCAUUCUUGGAUGAGUCCAUGCCAGCAAUUGAGAGUCCCCCUGAACUCCCUAUCAUUGGCUUCCAGCCGGUGAACAAGCCAAAUCCUUCCGGCCUGCACGGAAAGUCGAGACCCUGGUCCAAGAAACGGGGUCAGCAGUGGACUCGUGAAGAAGAGGUGGCCCUGUGGAAGCUGCGGCGACAGGGAAUGCAGUUUAACCACAUCGCGGCAAAAACGAAUUGA